UCGGUUGCUUCCUGAGCGAAUCUACCCGGUUCGUUGGGGACAGCUCACGGCAGUCAGUUAUCGACGGGAGUGCAACGCGAACGCAAGCUGCUUGGAAAUCAUCAUGUGGCUACACAGAAAGGCGUUACUGACGCUACUGUCGUUGGUGAUUGCACCAACGAUCGUCUACGGUGAUAGUGUCGAACAGCUGACCAGCGUGAUGGUUAAUCCGCGGAAGGUGACCAACUACAUUGCGAAGGAGUUUGCGUGCUUUUCGGCGAAGCCUCGAAGUGUGUUCCAGGAUUCUUUGAACCCGAUCAGUGACAAGACGUUUCAGAUGGCAAAGAAUUUGGGACCGAUGUACAUGAAGGUGUACGGAGAUUCGAGUCAGUUGGAACUGAAGAUGGAUGGUUUUGCGGGGAAUGAAGAGGACUCCGGUUUGGUGCAGAUAACACCGAAUGGGUGGCGAGCGUUCAACAAGUGGGCACAGGAAGCCGGACUGGUACCGGUGUUUGUGUUGGACUACAGUGAGGACAGCUGGAAACCGAGGAAUGCUCUGAAGGUGUUGACGGUGGCAAAUAAGCUAGGCAUUACGAACUGCUUGUGGCAGUUGGGAACAGGUAAUAUAACGGAUGCCGUCAAGUACAUUGAUGAUCUACGAGCAUUCAAAGCGAUUACCAGGGCGUUCAAGUAUCGAGGAAUCGUGGCCUGUGACGUUGAUCGGAGAGAGGCAGGAGUCGAUCAGGCUCGCUAUUUCAACCUAUAUGUCGAUGAAAUUGCAGAUGCCAUAUCAGUUGUCUAUGAACCACGUACAACUGACAUCCGUCUGCAAGAGUUCGUUCUGCAGCGGGAAUCCUUCGUUCGUGGUCCAGUGCGGUCUCAUCUUCCUAUCUGGUUGGAUGUUAGGCUCCCGACUGCAGUCGAUUCCGGCACUGAAUGCAACGAAACAUGUCUUCGAGAAGGACUCCGCUACGCAACGCUCCUCGGAGAUGCAGCCCGCAAUGGAUUCAACGCAGUUUUCAAAUCUCUUUCACGCGAGGAAAUUCAGUCUUAUAGUUUUAUCUACCUCAUCGCAUUGCUUCACAGAUCCACAAUCGGCACAAAAGUGUUCAACGUUCCCCAGAUAACCGAAGAUGACGUUCAAAUCUACGCGUACUGUAGUCGUAGUGCUAACGGAUCAUUUGCCCUCAUGGGCGUUAACCAUCACCCGGAAGGGUUCGAAUUUGAUCUCAAACUUUCAUCCAAGCAAUAUUCGACUGAAGUUCAGCAGUACGUUGUAACCGUUGUUGAUGGACAGAUCCAGUUGAACGAUCAAGCGUUCGACUUUGAGUCAUCUUUGGAGCCGUUUGCCAAAAUUCGUCCAAUUCUCAAAGGCCUUCAGCUAACCAUCCCAGGGUACGCAAUCGCAUUUUGGGUGAUACCCAAUUUAAACCUACGGGAGUGUUUUGAUGACUAUCAGGACCUUCGCACAAAGGUUUCCCGUAGCAUCUCAGAGCUGGAAAGUCCCGUGGACCAACUGCUGCAGGAGUUGAUUGAGGAGCGUGCUCAUCAGCAUGAUAUUACUCAGAUGAGCCGCCGGAAGCGAUCCACGGAUCACCAGCUGGAGGAAACUAUCGUUGGCAAGUUGAAACAAGCUCUGCAGAAGCGAGGACUCAAAGGAAGUGCGAAGAGACCUCCUCGACAAACGAUCAACUACCGGCGAAAACAGCGCACCGUAAGGUUGAAGGAGAAACGAGCGGAGCGAAGAAAUCUUAAGCAGCAAAGACGUCCGCUGCGAGAGCGAGGAAAGCGACAACUUCGCAAGCGUAAUCGUUGUGCCAAUCCAUCGAAAUGCAACACAGCCAGCAAAAAGACUAAACGUUCUUCACUGGCAGAGGCCGUCAACCAACCACCGGUAUUUGGCGAGAGCUAUGAAGAGCAAGUUAAUCGAUCCAGCUUCCCGCAAGGUGAUGUCCACCUGGUGAUUUCCAAGGGACCAGAAGAGGAAGAACUGCUUUCGAUCGAAGAAGCUCCGAUCAGGGACUCGCGGUUGAAGAAGUCGCGCAAAAAGAAGACUUCAAGAAGAAAACCAGCCUCGGAAAAGGACCUACGGUUUGUGGUUCCAGAGAUGGCGUUCAUACGAAAUGAUGGAGUUCCUCGACCGGAGUUGGAACCAGCCGAAUCUAUUCAUCGGAAAAUUUCGUUGAAUACACCGGAGGAGAUUACCAAGCCAUCCAAGGUGCUGCACGUUGAACCGGAACUGAUCAAAGUCAGCGACAUUCGCAUGAUGGAAGCUGGUUUUCCCGCUACCACCCGCCAGGAAAAAGAAUCUCCUCUGCAUUUCGGGUCAGAUUCAACUGAUUCGGACAACUUGAAACAAGAAUGGCCUUCGAAAAGAGAUAAAAAGCAGAAAUCUAAGGUGAGCUCUAGUCUGGAGAGUUUUGAGUAUUCCAAAGGUCACUCUUCGGAGCUGAGCCUCUCGAUGAUGUCGGAUGAAGACGACAGUGGCCACGAUACGUCCGAAGCGUAUAUAGAAGAGCUCACUCGAAGGAAACGUUCGAUUGGAUCCGGUGAGAUCGAUCGCAUCGAGGCGUUCUUCAUGAACAACACCAAACUGCAGCAGAAGUUUACCGAGAUGUUCGAUAUGCUGCUGGAGUCGUUCAAUUGCUGCGGCGAAGCUGCGGAUGAGAACUCGGCCCGGGAAGAACCGGAGGAGGAGAUUUCCGAGCAGGUACUGCAACGAGCCAAGCGCAACGCCCUGCUGCAUCCACGAUCGCUGGAGACGAAUAUGUUGCACCAGCGGAGAACUUCCCAGGAGUCACAUGAGAAUAUGAUUCCUACCGAACCGAUGAGCAGCGUUCAGAAGAUCCCCAUGAAUACGACGGUGACCAGCACAUCUGCUAAGGAUGAUUCCGGAAGGGCUGGUGCAUUUAUGUUGAAAUCAGUGGCACAGUUCAUCAAGGGUAUGACAACCGGGCUCAACAAAAUGUUGUACACGUGGUUCCCGAAGACAUCCAAGGAGUGAAGGAAGUGAUAGG